AUGGCCGGGCAGGGCGGCAGCAGCGCGGCGCCGCAGAGAGGCAGCGGCCGCGGGAUUGUGAUUUCAGACGAUUGGCCAGGCUACAGUUUGGAUUUAUUCACAUAUCCACAGCACUACUAUGGAGAUCUGGAAUAUGUGCUCAUACCUCAUGGUAUUAUUGUUGACAGGACAGAAUGCUUGGCCAAAGACAUCAUGCAAGACAUUGGAGACAAUAACAUUGUGGUUCUCUGUGUACUUAAAGGUGGCUACAAGUUCUGUGCUGACCUUGUGGAGCAUAUUAAGACUCUCAGUAGAAAUUCAGAAAGGUCCAUCUCCAUGAAAGUUGACUUUGUCAGACUGAAAAGUUACCAUAAUGAUCAGUCUACACAAGAUAUGCAGAUAAUAGGAGAAGAUCUUUCAAAGCUGACUGGAAAGAGUGCGUUAAUUGUGGAGGAUAUUAUUGGAACUGGAAGGACUAUGAAGGCUCUGCUUACUAAGAUAGAAAAAUACAAGCCAAAGAUGAUUAAGGUAGCAAGUUUGUUGGUGAAAAGAACAUCCCAACCUGAUGGGUACAGACCUGACUAUUAUGGAUUUGAAAUUCCAAAUUUGUUUGUGUUUGUUGGAGCCUUGAAGAGUCUGUCAUUUUCCUCUCCCUUGAGGCUUUAUGUCAUGGCCAUGGUCCUUCCAGCAGAAGAGGACCAAAUAGAACUCCCUUCAGAACCUCAGACACCAUUCCUAGAGGAGUCGUUGUUAAGCAUUCACAUAUGUGUUAUCAAUGACAACGGCAAAGGAAAAUACAAAGUCUGA